CGUGUCCUGUCGCGUCAGACCCGGAAGUGAUGUGCAGUCAGCAGACUGGGUGAAAACAACAACAUCAGCUCAGUGUUUGUCUGAAAUAGACGGAGCCGCCCGGUGAUUUCACGGUGCUCUCUGGUUCUUCCCCGGCGGAGGGUGAGCAGGGAUCGGGCAGAGAUGUGGAUCCAGCCGGAGGAGGUGCUGCUGGCCGGAGCGCUGUGGGUGUCUGAGCGGGCCAACCCGUUCUUCAUCCUGCAGAGGAGGAGAGGACACGGCCGCGGGGGGGGGCUCUCCGGUCUCCUGGUUGGGACUCUGGAUGUGGUUCUGGACUCCAGUGCCAGAGUGGCUCCUUACAGGAUCCUGCUGCAGACUGCAGACUCUCAGAUCUACUGGAACAUUGCCUGUGGCUCGUCCAGGAAGGAGAUCACGGAGCACUGGGAUUGGCUGGAGUCCAACCUGCUGCAGACCAUCUCCAUCUUUGACAACGACGAAGAUGUCACCACCUUUGUCAAAGGAAAGAUCUCUGGCAUAAUCGCGGAGGAGAACCGGCUGAAGCAAGGGGAGGAACAGGAGGAGGAUUGUGGGAAGUUUCGGGAGGCGGAGCUGAAGAUGAGGAGGCUGUUUGGGAUGCCUGAUGAGGAGAAGCUGGUGAAUUAUUACUCCUGCAGCUACUGGAAGGGACGAGUGCCACGGCAGGGCUGGCUUUACCUGUCUGUCAACCACCUGUGCUUCUACUCCUUCCUGCUGGGCAAGGAGGUGACCCUGGUGGUGCAGUGGACAGAGGUGACCCAACUGGAGAAAAACGCCACCCUGGUGUUUCCGGAGAGCGUUCGUGUCAGCACACGUCACACUGAACAUUUCUUCUCCAUGUUCCUUAACAUCAACGACACCUUCAAGCUGAUGGAACAGCUUGCCAACAUCGCCAUGCGCCAGCUACUCGACAACGAAGCGUUUGCUGCUGACCGAUCGCUGCCCAAACCCUGCAAGACGCUCAAAAACGUAUCUGCACUCAAGAGGGAUUUGGACGCGCGGGCCAAGAACGAGCGGUACCGGAUGAUGUUCCGGCUGACACAGGAUGAGCGUCUGGACGGACACACGGACUGCACCCUGUGGACGCCGUUCGCUAAGAUGCAUGUGGUCGGACAGCUGUUCAUCUCCAACAACUACAUCUGUUUUAACAGCAGAGAAGAAGACCUGUGUCAGCUCAUCAUCCCACUCAGAGAGGUGUCCAUUGUGGAGAAGGCAGACAGCAGCAGCGUCCUGCCGUGUCCCGUCUCCAUCAGCACCAAGAACAAGAUGAACUUCCUGUUCGCCAACCUCAAGGACAGAGACUUCCUGGUCCAACGCAUCUCUGACUUCCUGCAGCGAACGCCCGACAGCUCAUGGGGUGACACCAGCCCACUGUCUCUGAUUGGUCACUCGGCAUCCUCCAGCGCCCCCUCGUCCUCGUCUGCUGGGGCUGAGUCCGUCCACAGGGGCCGUCAUUACCACACCGGUCUGCCCACAGCCAGCCAGGGUCUGCUGCAGCUUUACCACCGAGAUGCACCAGAGGACCUGGGACCUAAAGCCAUGAAGGAGAAGAUGAAGGAGGAGGCGUGGAACAUCCAUUUCUCAGAGUUUGGUCGAGGUGUCUGCAUGUACCGAACCUCCAGAACCAGAGAACUCGUCCUCAACGGGAUCCCAGAGCGCCUGAGAGGAGAGCUUUGGCUACUGUUCUCUGGAGCGCAGAACGAGAUGGCGACCCACCCUGGUUACUAUGGCGACCUGGUGGAGCAGGCCAUGGGGCUAUGUUCAUUGGCUACCGAGGAGAUCGAGCGUGACCUUCACCGUUCGAUGCCUGAGCACAGAGCCUUCCAGAACGAGACGGGCAUCGCCGCGCUGCGCCGCGUCCUUACCGCCUACGCCCACCGCAACCCUGGCAUCGGAUACUGUCAGGCGAUGAACAUCGUCACCUCCGUCCUGUUGCUCUACUGUCCGGAGGAGGAAGCUUUCUGGCUAUUGGUGGCGCUGUGUGAGCGGAUGCUGCCCGACUACUACAACACCAGAGUGGUAGGUGCUCUGGUGGAUCAGGGGGUAUUUGAGGAGCUGACCCGGGCCUUCCUCCCCCUGCUGUAUGAACACAUGCAGGAGCUGGGAGUCAUCUCCACCAUCAGCCUGUCCUGGUUCCUCACACUCUUCCUGUCUGUGAUGCCCUUCGACAGCGCCGUCUUAUUGGUCGACUGCUUCUUCUACGAGGGCAUCAAGGUCAUCUUCCAGGUGGCACUGGCUGUGCUCCACGAUAACAUGGACGCCCUGCUGUCCUGCAGCGACGAGGGGGAAGCCAUGACCAUCCUGGGCAGGUACCUGGAUAAUGUUGUGAAUAAACAGACGGUGGCUCCGCCCAUCCCUCACCUGCACGCCCUGCUGACAAGCGGAGACGAUCCACCACCUGAGAUCGACAUCUUCGACCUCAUCAAGUCGUCCUAUGAGAAGUUCGGCAGCUUGCGCUCUGACGUCAUCGAGCAGAUGAGGUUCAAGCAGAGGUUAAAGGUCAUCCAGUCUCUGGAGGACACGGCCAAGAGGAGCGUGGUGAGAGCAAUGAUGACGGAGUCUGCCUUCAGUAUCGAGGAGCUGGAGGAGCUGUACUGUCUCUUUAAGUCCAAACACAUGACGAGCUGUUAUUGGGGCUCCAGCAGCUCUGCAGCCGAGCGUCAUGAUCCCAGCCUGCCGUACCUGGAGCAGUACCGCAUCGACCCGGCUCAGUUCACCCAGCUGUUCACCGCAGUCGCUCCCUGGAUCUGCGGAGGCCACACCCCCACACUGUCGGCCCGCCUCUUCAGACUCCUGGACCAGAACCAGGAUGGACUGGUCAACUUCAAAGAGUUCAUCACUGGACUCAGUGGGAUGUAUCAUGGAGACAUGACAGAGAAACUCAAACUGCUGUACAAGCUCCACCUCCCACCAGCUCUGUGUCCUGAGGAGGCGGAGUCUGCUCUGGAGGCAACACACUUCUUCACUGAGGACGUCCCACGAGAGUCCUCCUUCCUGUCUGAUCUGGACAUUUUGGGGCAGCAGGAAAUGACAUCAGGUGAAGAGGGGAAGGAUGGAGGCGGAGACAGCGAGGAGAAGAAAGAGGAGAAGGUGAAGGACUACAGGUACUACCUGAGGAUGUGGGCCAAAGAGAAGGAACCCAAGACAGAGACCAUCAAAGACCUGCCCAGGAUGAACCAGGAGCAGUUCAUAGACUUGUGUAAGACUCUGUACAACAUGUUCAGUGAGGAGCCUCUGGAGCAGCAGCUCUAUCACUCCAUCGCCACCGUCGCCAGCCUGCUGCUGCGUAUCGGCGAGGUCGGCAAGAAGUUCAACAAUGGCAGCAAGAAGACCGACGACGCUGCUGCUCAGGCCUCGCCAGGCGAGGGGGGGUCAGAUGAGUCUCAGGUGUGCCAGGCUCUGGCCGACGCUCAGCUGGAGCCGGCGGCUCCGCAGACAUCCGACGAGGAAACCAAAGACGACACGUCGGUGUCGUCGUACUCGGUGGUGAGCUCCGGCUCGCUGCAGUGCGAGGACAUCGCUGACGACACCGUGCUGAUCGGCUGCGGCGAGAAGAGGCAGGGCAGCGUGCUGGAUGUCGAUUGGUCAAUCACUUUCGAGCAGGUGCUGGCGUCUCUGCUGACGGAGCCACCGCUCGUCGACUACUUCGAGAUGAAGAGGGACAUCCAGAAAAAGAUGGCCGCUUGUAAAGCCCAGCGGGCGGUGGAGCGUCAGACAAGCUCCACCUCCGACCACGAACUCACUCAGCACUCCACCUGACCACCCGACCACCGGACUCACCUCCACCUGUCCACCUGACUCACCUGUCCUCGUGUGUUUGUUUGAGACUGAGGCAGCAGGGUCGCUCUGCUCAGGUGAGUCAGGACCAGUACAGAUCCUUGAUUUCAACAUAAUCAGCUGAUCUGAUCAGGUGGUUGGUAAUGAUGUCAGCUCCUGAUUGGAGCAUCCCUGCUGAUGUCACUCUCACAGACUCUGAUUGGCUGGCGAUCUGCAAAAACAGAGAGAGGAAACACCUCAUCCUGAUUAUGAUGAUGUGAUGUCACAGACUGACCUGUGAUGUCACAGACUGACCUGUGAUGUCACAGACUGACCUGUGAUGUCACAGACCAUCACAGUCAGGAGCUUCAGAGUUCGUUCAGGUUUUCUUCUUCACGUCUCUCUGAGACUGAAAACAGCUGAACCAACAAUCAGCUGACGUCAUUUUAGUUCCGCAGACAGGAUUUAAAAACGCGAUUAGUCGUCAUGAGUCCAGGUGACCGUACCUUUAUUACAACUCAGCACUUUGUGCAGGUGUUUCACAGUUAAAGCUCUUCAGGGACAGGAUUACGGAGGGCUUUUAUUGUGAAAGAGGCGGAGGAAGUAUUCAGUUGUUUUAAAAGCAAACAACAGACCAGAUAUAAAACUGCUAAUUAUAAAUAAGCACCUGGAUCUCCACUCCAGGUGCACACAGGCCCCACCCACUGUUGCAGAACUUAUAUGUUUUUUUUCCUUUAAUUGUUAAAUGCAGCUCCGCUCAGGAUGAGCAGGUGGUUCAGCAGGUGGAGCAGGUGGUUCAGCAGGUGGUUCAGCAGGUGGAUCAGCAGGUGGAUCAGCAGGUGGAGCAGCAGGUGGAGCAGCAGGUGGAGCAGGUGGAUCAGCAAGUCUCUGCGCAGGUUAGAUGUAUAUAAACAGUCGGAGUCUCUGGAGGAUCAACUGGACUGAAAACUAACAAACACUAAAAGACAGCAGGUAAAGCAGGUAAAGCAGGUAAACAGUGUGCUGACAGAACUACGGAAGCCCCAAAGUCCCAAAACGUGUUUUUUUUGUUGAACCAACUUUUUCUCACAAGUUAAAGAACAAAAUCAUCUCGAUAUAAUCACGUGGUUUCUGUCUGUAAUCGAGUCCUAAGACCUGAUUUUCUUAAAAUAAGUGAAAAGAUCUGAAAACUUCAACAUGUUUCUGAAACAAAUGAUUUAUUUCUGUAAAUGAAUAAAACAAACAGGAGAAACUCGAGCUACAAGCAGGUAAACCAGGGUCCAUUCACCUGGGCCAACUAAAAUAAAAGUUUAUUUAAAUAAGUUGAUUUAUGUUGAAAGAUUCUCAGAGAGUUUUUAAUUUAUUUUUAGAAAAUAAAACUUUAUGGACUCAGUUACAUAAAAAUGACUGAAUGAGGAAGUGAACCGUUAUCUAGAGAAAAUAAAAAUAAACUUGUUUAUUGUUUAAAUGUUUUAGUUUCUUUCUGUACAGCUCAGAUAUAUUAACUGUAUAUUAAUCACGAGGUUGUAUUACCUGAAUAAACUCAUGUAUCUGUUUCACUCAGGUGAGUUCACACCUGUAGACUUUUAUUUUGACAUCACUUAAGCCUUGUUUGUCUCUGCUGCCUGUUUCUGAUGACAUCACUCAUGUUUACUUCCUGUUGAAACGAUGAUGUCAAAGGACGUCUCAGUAUUUUUAUUCAGUCUUUUUCUCUGUUGUCUUCAAUUACUCUGCUUUUAAAAUCCAUUUUAUUGAUUGUUGAUGAUCUGUAUUCUGUUGUCUAAUAAAUACUGAAGAAAAUUCA